AUGGCCAGUGACGCCCAGCUUCAGCUGGCCAUGUACCUGGAUAUCAUGAGUGAGGAGGACCUGAAGGAGUUCCAGCUUCGGCUGCCUAGGAAGGAGCUGCAAGGACUCUCUUCUGGUGGGGCCCCAGUCAAACCAGACAAGACAGGGGGUCUCGAGGUGGCCUCCUAUCUGGUGGCUCAAUAUGGGGAGCAGAAGGCCUGGGACCUGGCCCUCCACACCUGGAAGAAUAUGGGCUUGAGUGGGCUGUGCGCCCAGGCCCAGGCAGAGGCAGAAUUCAUUUCAGCCCAGAGUUCCUCAGCCCACUGCUCCCCGAGUGCACCCAACCUGGAGUCCCCCAGCUGGCCCACGCCCACCAACGUGCUAUGGGGCUGGGACAGUGAGAGCCUGGAGUCCUCCCAGCGUCCAGAGCAAAGGGUUGUGAGACACCUGCCUGAGACCUCUGGACACAGCUGGAAAGAAAAUCAUUCUUCAUGCCUUUACCAAGUUCUUCCAAGCUCCCCAGAUCAUCAGUCACCAAACCAGGAGUCGCCCAAUGCCCCCAUUUCCACUGCAGUGCUAGGGGCUUGGGAACCCCUAAUUCAGCCCAGCCCAGAGCCCAGAAAGCAGAAGGUUCCUGAGACUGGAUGGCCCUUGGUGGAAACAUCUGGAAAUCCCUGCAGAGGAGCCAGAGAAAGAUACCAGAAACAAAAAACAGAACGGUUCUGUCCCACACAGUCACUGAAAAAUGAGGAUUUAUACCCCAAAUUCAUACAGCUGUUACUUCUACACACAAGUCACCCCAGAAGCCAUGAGUUCAUAAUCAAGAGAAACUGGCAUCAUCCAGUGGUGGAAGAACCAGGAUGUUUUAUUGACAUCACAGGUUUAUUUGGCCCAGGGCUGGGUGCCCAGGAGAAGGUUCACACGGUCAUACUGCAUGGGGAUGCUGGAGUCGGGAAGUCCACCCUGGUCAGGCAGCUGAGGAGAGCCUGGCUGGAAGGCCAGCUGUACAGGGACCGCUUCUGGCACGUCUUCUACUUCAACUGCAGGGAACUGAACCCAUCACAGACAAUGAGUUUCACUAAGUUCAUCAAAGAAUAUGGGGCUGCUCCUGGGGCUUCCAUUGGCCAGAUCCUGUCUCAGUCAGAGCAGCUGCUCUUCAUCCUCGAUGGCCUGGAUGAGCCAGAAUGGGACUUAGAGAAGAAAAGACGUGACCUCCCUCGACUGUGGAACCAGAAGCAGCCAUUACGCUCAAUUCUGAGCCAGCUGCUGAGGAAAAGUGUGUUUCUCAGGGCAUCCUUGUUGAUUACCGCAAGAACCAGCGCUCUAGAGAAAUUCAUUCCGUCUUUGAAGCACCCACAAUGGGUGGAGGUGCUGGGCUUCUCUCAGUCUGGCAAGAGGGAAUAUUUCUGCAAAUACUUCACAGACGAAGGCCAAGCAAGCAGAGCCCUGAGCUUGGUGGAGUCAAACCACGCGCUCUGGGCCCUGUGUCAGCUGCCCUGGGUGUCCUGGCUGGCCUGCACCUGCCUGAGGCAGCAGAUGGAGCAGGGGCGAGAGCUCUCGCUGACUCCCCAGACCACCACGGCCCUGUGUCUGCAGUACUUGUCCCUGGCUCUGCCCACUCAGCCCCUCGGGACGCAGCUGAGAGGCUUGUGCUCUCUGGCUGCUGAGGGCAUCCAGCAGAGAAAGACCCUCUUCACUGUGGAAGACCUCAAGAAGCACGGUGUGGAGGGCGCCAUCGUCUCCGCUCUCUUGCCGAUGGGCGAUCCCCAGCAGCCCCCCUCUGCUCAGAGCUACAGCUUCAUUCACCUGUGUCUCCAGCAGUUCCUGGCCGCCAUGUCCUGUGUGCUGGGAGAAGACAAGGAAGACAACGAUGAUCCCAACAGCACCAGAAGUGUGGGGAAGUUCCUAGAACUGACUAGAAAUGAUGUCUUCGGGUCACCAGCCACACGUUUCCUGUUUGGCCUUCUGAGUGAGCAGGGGGUGACAGAGACAGAGCGCACCCUCAGCGGCAGGCUCUCUGAAGCUAGGCGGCGGGAACUGCUGCAGUGGGCCCUGGAGGAGGCCCAGCAGGCAAGCCCCUCCUCCCAGCUUGGCCCCCUGCAGCUGCUCCACUGCCUGUAUGAGAUCCAGGAUCAGGAGUUCCUCACACAAGCUAUGGCCCAUUUUCAAGGGAUGAAGAUGUUUCUUCAAACCGAACUGGAGCUCUUGGUGUUUACUUUCUGUGUGACAUUCUGUUGCCAUGUGAACAGGCUUCAAGUGAAUGGGGGUGGACAGCACAGCAAAGCCUGGAAGCCCCCUGAUGUGGUCCUGCUCACUCGCUUCCAAAUCACAGAUGCCUGCUGGCAGAUUCUCUUCUCCAUCCCCAGGAUCCCUGGGAACCUAACAGAGCUGGACCUCAGUGGAAACUUCCUGAGCUGCUCUGCAGUGCAGAGUCUUUGUGAGGCCCUGAGAUGCCCCCGCUGCCUUCUGGAGACCCUGCGGUUGGUCCGCUGCGGCCUCACCUCCAGCAGCUGCCAGGCCCUGGCCUCUGUGCUCAGCACCAGCCCCUGCCUGACGGAGCUGCACCUGCAGCAGAAUGACCUGGGUGACCGGGGCGUGAGGCUGCUCUGUGACGGGCUCAGGCAGCCUGCCUGUCCGCUCAGGCUCCUGGGGCUGGACCAGGACCGGCUGAGUGAGGAGGUGACAGAGAUGCUGCGGGCCCUGGAGGAGGAGAAGCCUCAGCUGCACAUCUCCAGGACACAGAGCUCUGAGAGCAGGGAGGAAGGAAGUCCUCUCCGAGUAACGCAGGCCGAAACCCUCUGUCUGUCUUCUCCUGGCCUUCUGGCUGAGCCGCACAUGGAGCCUCUGGGGCCUGAAGAUGAGUUCCUGGGCCCCCAGGGGGCUGUGGCUACAGAAGUGAUUGACAAAGAGAAGAACUUAUACCGAGCUCACCUCCCCACGGCCGGCUCCUACCACUGGCCCAACACGGGUCUCCACUUUGUGGUGAGAAGGGAAGUGACUAUUGAGAUUGAAUUCUGUGCUUGGGACCAGCUCCUGGACACGAUUGUCCCCCAGGACACCUGGAUGGUGGCAGGACCGCUGUUUGACAUCAAGGCGGACCCAGGAGCCGUGGAGGCUGUGUACCUGCCUCACUUCGUGUCCCUCGAAGGCGACCACGUGGACCCCUCCCAGUUCCACGUGGCCCACUUCACAGAGGAGGGGAUGCUGCUGGAGAAGCCAGCCAGGGUAGAGGCGUGUUACACAGUCCUGGAGAACCCCAGCUUCUCCCCCAUGGGGGUUGUACUGAGAAUGAUCCAAGCUGCCUUGAACUUCAUUCCCAUCACCUCCACCGUGUUGCUCUACCAUCACCUCCACCCUGAGGAAGUCACCUUCCACCUCUACUUGAUCCCCAGUGACUGCUCCAUCCGGAAGGCCAUAGAUGAUGAAGAAAAGAAGUUCCAGUUUGUGCGUAUACACAAGCCUCCCCCGCUGACCCCCCUGUACGUGGGCUCCCGCUUCACCGUGUCUGGUUCAGAGGAGAUGGAGAUCAUCCCCCAGGAACUAGAGCUCUGCUAUCGGAGCCCCAGGGAGAUGCAGCUCUUCAGUGAGAUCUAUGUUGGACAGUCGGAGUCGGGGAUCCGGUUGCAAAUAAAGAACAAGAAAGAUGGGACCGUGGUGUGGGAGACCUUGGUGAAACCAGGUAAAUCAAGACAAGUCCAGACAGCUCAGCAGUCGGAGAAAAGGCUGCCGCGGGUGCUCCUCCUGGUUCAUCCCGCCUCAUCUUCACCCCCAGACGCCCCGGCCUUACUACACUUUGUGGACCAGUGUCGGGAGCAGCUGGUGGCGCGAGUGACCUCCGUGGACCCUGUCCUGGACAAGCUGCUCGGGGAGGUGCUGAGUGAGGAGCAGUAUGAGGCCGUCAGGGCCGAGGCCACCAAGCCGGCCCAGAUGCGCAAGCUGUUCAGCUUCAGCAGGGCCUGGGACUGGGCCUGCAAAGACCGCCUCUACCAGGCCCUGAAGGAGACCCACCCCCAUCUAAUUGGUGAACUCUGGGAGAGGGGGGACAGUGGAGGACGCUGA